CCACUCAAAAGUCAAAAACCCAACCUUUAAGUUUUUUAAUUUUCUUCUCCAACCAUUCUCAAUCCUCUCUGACUCCAAUGGCUUCCUUAUCCUUCGUUUCCUCAUCUCACCUCACGCUACGCACUCCUUCUAUUGCCCUCCGCAGUAGCUCUUCUCCUAGAACCUCUGUUUCAUUCUCCGUCAAGGCUCAGUCUGUUGCCCUUUCACAAGACGAUUUGAAAAAGCUCGCGGCGGAGAAAGCUGUCGAAGCAAUUAAACCAGGGAUGGUUCUAGGUCUUGGAACUGGAUCCACCGCCGCAUUCGCCGUAGAUCAGAUCGGUAAACUUCUCUCUUCCGGUGAGCUUUACGAUAUCGUCGGCAUCCCAACGUCGAAACGAACAGAGGAACAAGCACGAGCGUUAGGGAUUCCACUCGUUGCGUUAGAUACGCAUCCGAGAAUCGAUCUCGCUAUUGACGGAGCUGACGAGGUAGAUCCGAAUCUUGAUUUGGUCAAAGGUCGUGGAGGUGCUUUACUCCGUGAGAAAAUGGUUGAAGCUGUUGCUGAGAAGUUUAUCGUUGUGGCUGAUGAUACAAAACUCGUUAAAGGACUUGGUGGAAGUGGUUUAGCUAUGCCUGUUGAAGUGGUUCAGUUCUGUUGGAACUUUAACUUGAUUAGGUUGCAAGAUCUGUUUAAGGAGUUUGGUUGUGAUGCUAAGCUAAGAGUUGAUGGAGAUGGGAAGCCUUAUGUGACUGAUAACAGUAAUUACAUUAUUGAUUUGUAUUUUAAGAAUCCUUUGAAAGAUGGAUUCGCUGCGGCGAAAGAGAUUGGCAAGUUUCAAGGAGUGGUGGAGCAUGGUUUGUUCCUUGGUAUGGCUACUUCUGUCAUUAUCGCUGGUAAGAACGGUGUUGAAGUUAUGAACAAGUGAGUGUGAGGUUUUAAAAAUUCAAUCUUUAUCUUCUUCAUUCGAAUGCAAAGUUUUCUCCUUUGUAAAAUUACCAAUUCAGUUCAUGUGAGAUCAUUUCAAUUUCGAUUUCUUAAUCAA